AUGGCCACUCCUUUGGUUUUGUUUGCUCUUGGAGUAUUCUCCAACCUUGCUGCGGCCUGGCUGCCCGAGAUUGACCGGGAAAUCACCUCGCUGGGCGGCACCAACCUCUUCACCAAGAGCAAUGGCACCAUCCGUGGGGUUGAUAUGGGGGCCCAGUUUGUGUUCGAGCCUUGGAUCGCCGAGACCGCCUGGGACGAUAUAGGCUGCGGCACCCAGUAUUGCGAAACAAAUUGUGUGCGGGAGAUGGGCCAGGACGCUGCCAAUGCUGCCUUUGCAAUUCACUGGGACUCGUGGAUCACCCGGGAGGAUAUUCGCGAGAUUGCAUCCUAUGGUCUCAACACCAUCCGUGUCCCUAUCGGCUUCUGGAUGCUCGAGGACAUCGUCGACCCGUCAACAGAAGCCUUCCCACAAGGCGGGUUCCCAUAUCUGGAGCGUUUCUGCGGAUGGGCGAGUGAUGCCGGACUGUAUAUCAUUCUCGAUUUGCACGGAGCGACGGGCGCGCAGGUGACUGAGAAUCCUGAUACUGGUCGGUACGUCCCCAAAGUCGAGUUCUACAACGAAUACCAGUACGAGCGUGCGCUGCUGUUUCUCGAGCAGUUAGUUCUGGAGGUCCACGUGAACCACAACUUCCGCAAUGUCGGCAUGCUGGAGAUUGUCAACGAGCCGUUACAAGACCCAGAUGAGGUUGCAAGUAUGCGGGAGACAUACUAUCCUCGGGCCUUUGAAAGAAUUCGCGCCGUCGAGAUGGCCCUCCAAGUCCGCAGAGAAGACUACGUGCACAUUCAGAUGAUGAACGAGCUCUGGGGGGCCGGAAACCCGAAAGAGAACCUGACGGACCUUUACUACGCCGCCUACGACGACCACCGCUAUCUCAAGUACGACGCGAGCAUCCCCGUCUCCAAGGAUAGUUACCUGAACGCCUCAUGCACCGACGACCGCGGCGACGACAGCCCUACCAUCGUCGGAGAAUGGAGCCUCAGUCCCCCGGAUGACGUCCAGUGGGAUUCCGACUGGGACCCGGACACCAACGUCGCCUUUUACAGGAAAUGGUUCGCGGCGCAGGUCAUGGCGUACGAGAAGCAACAUGGCUGGAUCUUCUGGACGUGGAAGGCCCAGCUGGAUGACUACCGCUGGUCGUAUAAAGAUGCCGUGGCUGCCGGCGUGAUUCCCCUUGAUCUUGACUCAGUCUAUGAUACUGGAGUUUGCGAUGGGAUAUAG